GAAUCUCCUGCCAAGGAAUCAGAUCAACACGCGAGCAUUCGAUGGACUGGGGAGGACAAUGGAAUGGUAAAGGUGGCUGGGGCAACCAGUGGGGCAACUGGGGCAACCAGUGGGGUUGGGAGCAAGGUGGCAAUUGGAACGGUGGAUGGAGUGGCGGAGGAAAAGGCCUCGGAGUGCUGGGAGUUCACUUGGAAGAUUGGUGGUAGAAAUGGCAAAGGAAAGGGCGAGAAGAAGAAGAAAGCAGAUAAAGAUAGGGAUUGGAGAGGAGAUGGAUCCUCCGGGAAGGGCUUCACUGACCUCAAGUUUCAGGAACCCAAGAAGGAAGUGGUGCCAGCGGCAAACGUCGUCGGACCUAAGAGUAAUGGACAGGAGGCGCCCGUCCCGAAUGAGGUGGAUGAGGAGCCCUACGUAGAGGAAGAUGAUGAGGACGACGAGUGGCACCAAAAAGCCAGUGCUUUGAAAAACUCGCCGCAACUAGCGCCUGUGCUGCCGCCAACGGUGCCGCAACCACAGGAACAGCCGGCUCCUGCUGCCAAUGGUGUGGCAUCGCCACCAGUAGCCGCACCGCCCGUGGUGCCAAAGCCUAAUGUAAAGUUGAACGCAGCACUCUCCGUGAGUAUCAAGAAAGAAUUACAGAAAUACGAGGAGAUGUUGAACAUCGAAGACUUAGGCAGAGCCUACGGGGAAUUCGAUAAGGCUGUCCAGGCAGGCGAAGGGGUUUGCGAUCCUGCCACUCUGACUUUGCUGCUAGUGGCUUUGACAAGGGCCAACAGAUUAGCCAACUGUCACAAAGUCUUAGAUGCUGCCAUUGCAGAGAAGGUGUUUUUGGAUCCGAACAUGAUCGUGACCAUUGCUAUGGCAGUCAGCCAAAGGAGCCAGAGCCACAAAGCGCUUCGUUACCUUCGGCGGAUGGUUUACGAAUGCUUGCCAGAAGAGUAUUCGCAAGAGACGGUGCAACUCUUUGACCGGCACUUGUCUUUCAUCUUCUCGGAAUUGAUGGCCGAGGCAGAUGGAUGCUUUUGCCGCAUGGAGAACCGAGAUUCAAAUACCUUGGUCAAUCUUGGUCACACUGAGCUGGACAUUGAGAUGGAUUGGGCGCAAUCUGGAUCGCAAUCCUUUUCCCUCUUCAAUCGAAAAGAUGACAAGGGGAAGAAGGUCUACCAGCCCACCGUCUUCCAAAUGGGUUUUCAGCGGACAGAUGUGGCGCUGAUGAGCACCAAGCUCAGUACAGCGAAGCAAGGCUGUGAUUUCCUGUCCGAUUGCUCUUUAGUUGCUUUGAGGCACCUGGGGAUUUUCCAUAAUUUUUCCAUCAAACAUGGUGGGUUUUCCAUCAGAAGUGGAGACUUGGUUGGGGAGACACGUUGA